CUGAUAUCAAACGGCCUUUGCUGUUUCUUGUUUUCACGCCAUCUUUUUGUUGCACCCAUCCGCCUUCAUUGAACACUUCCUUUCCAUCUCAAAUUCUGUACUGGAAACAGCCACACGAACCAAUACAUUUCCAGGCACAAAUCACAAGUCAACAUACAACCACAAUCUCAACUUGAACCAAAACAUCAUCACCGACCCGACCAACAAUAAACACCAUGACUUCAUCACCAGAAACAUCGCCACUCCUCGGCCCUAGACCUACAACAGCCGACCUGCCCCCCUCAGAAUAUGAACCACACAAAACCCGGCCCGGCUCAAUUCGCAGCCUGCGUUCCUGCCUCACCAGCUCCUCCAUCACAGCCACCGCCGCCGCCGGGCCGUGUCCGCGCCAACAACUGCCGUCUAAGCCUUCCGACAGCGCCUCCUCCUCGUCGUCGUCCAAAAAAUCCAACACCUUUGACGGCCUUUUCCGGGACAUCAUCCUCGGCUUCUCCGACGGCCUUACGGUCCCCUUUGCCCUAACCGCCGGUCUUUCCACGUUGGGAUCCACGAAACUGGUCAUCAUGGGCGGCCUAGCCGAGUUGUUCUCGGGGAUGAUCAGCAUGGGCUUGGGCGCCUACUUGGCGGGCGUGACGGAGCGACAGCACUGGGAGGCGGAGCAUGCGCGCAAAGCGUGGGAGGUGUCGAACCUGCCGCAGCUGGAGCAGUCGGAAAUUUUGGCUAUUCUGGAGGACGAAUAUGGGGUGUCGCGCGCCACGGCGGCAGCGCUGGUGCAGGAUCUGUGUCGAAAGGGGAACGAAGAGAAUCUGGUGCGGUUUUUGAUGGAUCUACAGGUGCGCAUGAUGGAGCCGGACCUCAAUCGGGCGUGGGUCAGUGCUGGAGUGAUGGGCCUUAGUUAUUUUGUGGGUGGUCUGAUUCCGAUGCUGCCGUAUUUUUUUAUGGAGAGAGCGAGGGAGGCGUUGUGGGUGUCGGUGGUGAUCACGGCGUUGAUCUUGCUUGGGUUUGGCUUUGUCAAGAAUUGGGUGACGAUUAGGACGAGGGAGGCCGGGGUUUGGGGAGCGGUGCAGACGUUGAUUAUUGGGGCGUUGGCGGCGGGGACGAGCUAUGCGAUUGUGAGGUUGUUGGAUUCGGACCAUUAGGGGGAACGACUUUGAUUGUUGUUGGUUGGUCAUGAUGUACAUGGGCAUGUAUGGGUUUGGCGUUGGGGUCAGCAAUUUUCGGUCAGGCAUGUCGUAUAACAGCGGCGGCGUUCAAGGCGUUCCAUUGGGAGGAAAGGUCGGGCAAAAGUCAAUAUCUUUGAUACCAAUGAUAUUCAAUUCAUCUCUCG